AUGAGACCCUCCGGGGCCGUUGACACCCCCCGACCACCCGACGCCGCCUCGAUGACGAGCGCCCAUGAUGGGUAUGACCCCCAGCAGAUCAUGGCAUUAGCCCGUCAUCCGCCCCCGGGCGCUUCCGUCUACUCUCCCACGGCAGCACCUACGGCCGCCUUGAACCCGCGCAGCUGCGUUACAUGUAGGAGAAGAAAGGUUCGCUGCGACAAACACAUGCCCUGCUCCAAUUGUCGAAGGGCCGAGAUCCCCUGCAUCUUCCCUGCCCCCGGCCGAGCCCCUCGCCGUCCGCGCCCCAAGGACCCCAGUGCGCUGGCAAAACCGCCCUCGAGUGAGCGAGAGCUGGAACUGAUGAAACGGCUGCGGAAGCUGGAGGGGAUCGUCGAAGAACUGAGCGGUCAGAUCGAGGUCGAGCCGGUGCGCCACCCUCACAGCGCCGGGAACUCGCCCGAAGGGACGGCCUAUUCGAGGGACGAGCACACCGCUGGAGGACGACUUUGGCCUGGCGCCAACUCCGUCGGCGGCCCCAUCGGCGGCUUUGGUCAUGAUUCCCCUUCAAUGGCCGGCGUGAGGCUGCAGACCGGCCCAGAGUCGAGGCCCCUGUCAGAAACGGACUCAUACGGGAAGGCGUCGCCCGAUGUGCACAAGCAAUUUGGCCGCUUGGUCCUGAGCGACAAGGGCGUGACGCGAUACGUUAGUAGCUCGGUGUGGUCGUCCAUCAACGACGAGCUGGAGGAACUGCGCAAGGCGUCGCAGUAUCUCACCGACGAGUCGGACGAGUCAGACGCCGAAGCGACGCCCGAGUCAGCCGACCACGACAAGCACUUGAUGGACCACCAGUCCUUCAUUCUCGGAUACCGCUCAGCCGACGUCGACCUGAAACCCCUGCACCCCUUACCAUCCCAGAUUCCCUUCAUCUGGCAGGUCUACACGGAGAACGUUGACCCCAUCCUCAAGGUCGUUCACGUGCCAACAAUGAGCAAAUUGAUCAAGGACGUCCGACAUAACCUCGACAGUCUCACUCCUUCGACCGAAGCGCUCAUGUUUGCCAUCUAUUACGCUGCCACCACCUCGCUAGACGAGGACGAGGUCAAACUCAAUUUUGGCACCGAGAAGAGCGUCCUGAUGCAGAAAUACCGCUUCGCGACCGAGCAGGCGCUGGCCAAGGCCGAGUUCCUCACCAAACCCGACUUCACAGUACUCCAGGCUCUCAUGCUCUUCCUUGUCCUCGUCCGUCGGCACGACGACACCAUCUUUGCGUGGACUCUCACCGGCCUCCUCAUUCGCCUCAGUCAGGUCUUGGGCCUACAUCGCGACGGAACCCACUUCCCGAAUCUGACGCCCUUCGAGAUUGAGAUGCGUCGCAGGCUUUUCUGGGCCGUGUGCGUCUUGGAUCUUCGGUCCGCCGAGGACCAAGGGACCGAUCUCACUAUUGUUCCCGGGACGUUCGACACGCAGAUUCCGCUCAACAUCAACGACUCAGACAUCUCCCCCGAAUGCCCGCGCCUCCCCGAGCCAAGGGAAGGCACCACAGACAUGGCCUUCUCGCUUGUCCGAUACGAAAUUUGCUCGCUUGCGAGACGGCUGCACACCGUAUCGUCGGGCCUGACGCCUGCAUAUCUGGACGAAUCCAAGUUGGCUAACAAGUCUUUGGAGGAGCGAGAGGCUUUGCUCAGGGAGGUGUCUCAGCGCGUCGAACAGCGGCUGCUGAAGGACACCUCGAGCGCCCUGUUCUGGGUUGCAUCCAACAUCACCCGAAUCGUCGUUGCCAAAAUGACGCUGAUGAUUUACCAACCCGUAUUAUUCCCGGGACCGGGCAACGACCAUGUGCUGUCCGACGACGUCCGGGCCCGUCUCUUCAAUGCGGGACUUGACGUGUUCGAGUACAGCCAUAUUCUGAAGACGGAUCCGCGGGGGAAGCAGUGGCGCUGGCUCUUCGAGACAUGGACGCACUGGCAUGCUCUGGCCUACACCCUGAUCGAAGUCUCGCACCGGCCGUGGGGCCCCAAGGCGGAGCGCGCGUGGGCAGCGCUGAACCUAACCUUCCAAUCGCCCAACCCUGCUGAGAUCGAGAAGCUGAUGAGCCACCACGCCGUGUGGAUGCCACUGAGGAAGCUGUACCUCAAGGUGAAGAAGCACCGCGAUGCCGAGAUCGCUCGGUUGCAGACGGAUCCGCAGGCAGCGCGUGAGCUCGACCGGCAGGACCGGUCUGGGACGCCCCCGACAUCCUUUGCCGCCAUCCCUACCUCCAUGAAAGCAGCCCUUGCUCUCGAGCGAUGGCGCAAGCUCGUCAACUUGCCCCCGCCAUCGCAGGAGCCUAUCAAUGCCCAACAACAACAAGCACAACAGGCGCCACAACCACGACUUAUAGAAAGGAGCCACACCGUCCCGCAGAUGAAUUCGAUGAACAUGCGACCCGGCGGUAUUCCCGCGAACUUUGCCAAGCCGGAACUGAUGCAGUAUCUUGACGACGCCAUGGCGAACCCUUCCUUCAUUCCCACCGACUUUGUCGGGCUCUGGGACUCGGCCGCCGACGAUAUCAUCCGGGCCGCGAUCUACAGCUCCCCGGCGGGCGAAUUACCGGGCGCCGCACAACAGGGCGUCCAAGGUAUGGGCUAUGACCCGGGCAACAUGCCGAUUCAGGGCAUCCAACAACCACAACCACAACAGCAGCAGCAACAGCAGCUGGGCCGGAUUCCGACCCCGAUGUCCUUGCCCACUCAGCUCCAACCCCAGCAGCAGCAGCAGGUCCAGCAGCAGGGGAUGGCGCAGGCGCCGGCUCCAGCUGCGAAUGGUGGUGGUGUUGUGGAGGAGAGCCUGCCGCCGUGGCUGUGGCCGGUGCCGACGAACGGCUCGCCUGAUAUCCUGCGCAAUCUGCCCAACAUCAUGGGCGCCGAGGAUAUGGACAUGGCUAUGGAUGAAGGGUUCGACUGGCAGACGUGGCAGGAGAGUCUGGGGAGGUACGAGGUCGAGGCGAAUGGGGGACGGGCGGGGAGUACCUGGGGUCCAGGGCUCUAG